AUGUUCGCGGCUUUACGGGCAUGCUCGAGGACGGCUAGGCCGCUACUGGGCGCGGCGGCGAGCUCAUCUUGUCUCAGAACGUCGACCCUCUCGUCGACGCUGCGGGCAAUAUCCGCGGCUCGAUCCUUUCAUGUCUCGUCACCGGCCUUGGUAACGCUCAACCAAGCUAUGCGACGUAAACCCCGUCAGAAGAAAAAGGCUGUGAAGUCGCCUCUGCUGGAAGGAAACCCGCAGCGCAAGGGCGUCGUGUCGCAAGUAAUCAUUGCGAAGCCGAAAAAGCCCAACUCAGCGAAGCGCAAAGUUGCUCGUGUCAAGUUGUCUACGGGCAAGACGGUGCAGGCUUAUAUCAUGGGAGAGGGCCAUAAUCUACAGGAGCAUAGUGUUGUUCUUGUGAGAGGAGGGCGUGCGCAGGAUCUUCCCGGUGUCCGUUACAAGAUUGUCCGAGGUAGCCUCGACUUCGGCGGUGUGGUUGGCAGAGCUACGGCUCGGAGUAAAUACGGAGCCAAGAAACCCAAGUCAUAG